AUGCUGCAGCUCCGAACUCCUUCCAUUCCUUACCACCAUCCUCUCCCCUCUUCGUGCCCCCACUCUCGCCCCCCCACUCUCCCGUUUUCCAUUUCUCUUCUUACGCCCACUUUCCUUCCCCAUCGUCUCUCUUCUCCCAUUCUUUCCGCGCCUCCCCUUGAGUUUCCUGGCGUGCAGCACAACUCGCCACAUUCUGCGGGUCCCUUACCUCCGUUUCCCCUUCCCCCUGCACUCUCCGCUCCUGUCUCCCACACAGCAUGCGUCUCCGCCCCUCCACGGGCCGUUAUGGCACCACGUGGCAGCGGGCAGCACAUGGUGCUGCCUGCACAUCACGUCUCCCUCUCCCCGCUCCACAACCACACCUGCGUUCUCACUUCCCCCCCUCUCCGUGUGCAGUCCACCACAUGGCGGCGUGCAGCACUGUGCGCCAGAGGCCGCUACUUCCCCAUUCUCAUGCAUCCUCAUCUCCUCCCCUCCCCCCAAUCCCCCCCCGCCUCUCUCUCCGCCUGCAGGUCACCACAUGGCGGCGUGCAGCACAGCUCGCCACAGACUGCUGGCGCAGCUGGACUCGCAGCUGCAGCACUGCACGGUGGGGCUCCACCCACCCUCUUCCCUCCACACAGGUUCUUCCCUCCAUCUACCCUCAACCCUUACCUGUGCGCCCCCAAUACUGUCUGGCUGUCACGCGGGUCUGGUUGUUGGCACAUGGGCGAGAGGCGGCCACACGAGAAGCUGUGUGGCGCUGCUCAAAGAGUCUAUCUGCCCUUCAUCGGUCAUUCCCUGUCUUCAACAGACCUGUGCCCGCUCGUGAGAAAUAGCUGGAGCUCGUGGCUGAAGCUGACGGCGUGGCCGCCACACACAGGGUGGACUCGCUGCUUGCCCACACAGCAGGCGCCGCCGCCGCAGCAGCAGCAGGGGGGGAAGGAGGAGGAGGAGGAGGAGGAGGAGGAGGAGGAGGAGGAGGAGGAGGAGGAGGAGGAGGAGGAGGAGGAGGAGGAGGGGAUCCAGUGCACGGGGCUGGGUGCUUGCUGCAGCACGGGGCUGGGUGCUUGCUGCAGCACGGGGCUGGGUGCUUGCUGCAGCACGGGGCUGGGUGCUUGCUGCAGCACGGGGCUGGGUGCUUGCUGCACCGUUGCAGGGGGUGCACUAGCGCGCAUAGAGAUGGAAGUGGCGGAGCGCAUUGACGCUGUGGUGGCCGGCCGCGACACCACCCACCUCAGCGAUGCACUGCACAACAACACCCAGCAUGCUUUGAGCACAGGGCUGGCCACACAGCAGGCCUCGCAUGUUCCUGUGGAAGUUGCAUCUCUCGAUCACCACGCCCGUGCUGCUGCUAUUGAUGCUUCUGCUGCUGCUGCUACUGCUGCUACUGCUGCCGCUGGUGCUGCUGCUGCUGCUGCUGCUGCUGUUGGUGCUAUUUGUGCUGCUGCUGGUGCUGCUACUGCUGCCGCUGGUGCUGCUACUGCUGCUGCUGGUGCUGCUGAUGGUACUGCUUCUGCUGUUGCUGCUGCUGUUGGUGCUGUUGGUGGUGGUGGUGGUGGUGGUGGUGGUGGUGAUGGUGGUGGUGGUGGUGGUGGUGGUGCUGCUGCUUCUGCUGCUGCUGCGGUUGGUGCUGCCGGUGGUGCUGCUGAUGCGGGUGCUGGUGGUGUUGAUGCUUCUGGUGAUGGUGCUGCUGCAUCAGUGGCGGCGGCACUGGCAGCAGCAAGGCCAGGGGACUCUAGUACGAGUGAUCAUGCUGGUGCGGCAGCAACAGCAGCAGGAACUGUAGCGAGAGGAGAGGACGAGAAAGGUGUGGAAGAGGACGUGAGGGGUGGAGAGGAGAUGGCGUGUGGGGAAGACGAAGAGAGCGGAGGAGCGAGUGUCAGGAGUGAGAGAGUGGCUUUGGCAAGCCCCAGAGGUCUGAUCGGAGAAGGUUCUGGGGUAGGGGUUACAUGUAGGGAUGAUGGGAGAGGUGCGCGAGAGAAGGGCGAGGCGGGCCAUUGGAUAGACGAGGGGGAGGGGGGAGAUGGAAUUGAGGGGAGAGUUGUGGCGGACAGCGAACAUGGUAGCGAGGCGGAUGCGGAGGGAGAGGCGGGAGAGGAGAGAAAGGGGGCAGAGACGGGAGAGGGAAAGGAGUGGAUAGAUGUGGCGGACAGGCAAAAUGGUAGAGAGGAGGGAGAGGCAGGUGAGGCAGUCCGAGAGCAAGAGGAAGGGCAGGGUGGAGUAGGUGGGGAAGAGGGAGCGAGGGGAGAGAGGAAAGUGGGAGCAGGAAGCGAGGUGGGCGAGGAAAGCGAGUGGGGAGACAGGAGAGGGGGAGAGGGAAGCGAGGACAGGGAGGUUAUUGAUGUAAGGGAGGAGCAUGAGGAACGAGGGGGGAGCGAUGAGAGAAAAGGACGAGAGGGUGGAGAGCAGAGUGGGGAAAGAGAGGGAAGAGAAGGUGAAAGGGGAUUCAAGAGCAGGGGAAAUGAAGGGUUGAGGGAAAGGGUUGGAAAGGGAGGGGGAGAGAAAGGGGAGGGAGGAGAGGGAGGAGAGGGAGGGAAGGGAGGAGAGGGAGGAGGGAGAGGAGAGGGAGGGGAGGGAGGAGAGGGAGGGGAGGGAGGAGAGGGAGAAGAGGGAGGAGAGAGCGGAGAGGGAGGAGAGGGAGAAGUGAGUGAAAGCAGCCAGAAGUUGCCACUUAUAAACCCUGUUCUUGAGAAACCUCCUCUUGGAAACCCUCCUCCUAAAAUGCGUCCUCUUGAAAGCCCUCGUCGUGAAAACCUUCCUCUCGAAUCGACCCCACACCAGCCACUCACGAACCCACCUCCUCUUCCUCCUCCUCCUCCUGCUGUUGCUGCUGCCCCUCUGCCUUUGCGCCCCUCGUUGCCGCGCCAUUGCUUGUCCUUUUCCCUCGGCACUCCUGUCGCAUUCCUCUCCGCCCCUUCACCUGCCGUUGUUCCGCUACACGCAUUUGGUGCUGCUGGGACUCCCAAAGCAGAUGCCCGCUCGCACGCACAGCGUGCGUCAAGCAACGCGUGUGGUGGGCCAAGCCACGCCUCAGAGCACCAGAGCAGGGAAGCCAGUGAAGCAGCCCCCAAAGAUUGCUGCACCCAUUCCCGGGUUGAUGCUGUGCUGUGCGUAGGCUCUCUUGGGUGUGCAGCAGCAGCCCAUGGUGCUGUGGCCAGGGCAGCAGGAGAAAGUACAGGUGGUGAUCUAGGAGCAAGUGCUGCUCGUGCUGCCUUUAGUGCUGCUGCCGCUGGUGCUAUUAGUUUUGCUGCUGCUGGUGCUGCUGCUACUGGUGCUGCUGCUGGUGCUGUUAAUGCUGCUUCUGGUGCUGCUAUUUCUGGUGUUGCUAUUACUGGUGGUGGUGGUGCUGCUGCUGCUCCUGCUACUAGUGGUGCUGCUGCUACUUGUGCUGCUGCUGCUGCUGCUGCUGUUGGUCUUGGUGCUGUCACAGGUGCAGCUAGCAGUGCUGCCAAGGAAGGUGGUGGUUGUGUGAGAGCAGGGGGGCGGAAGAGGUGGGCGCUGGGCGUGCUAGAUGCCGGUGCCGGUGGGGACGGAUGUGCUGCUGCCAAGCCUGCAAAGCACCCAAGGCUGCACCAUAAUGUGGACAGCAACGGAGCAACGGCUGCACCCGCUGCUAAUGCUGCUGCACCUGCUCUUCGUACUGCUCUUGUUGCUGCCUCCUCUCUUCCUCCUGCCGUACCUCCCCUGUCCAAGAGCAGGGAAGUAAAAGGCGCAUCUCUGUCCUUGCCUAUAGUGAUCAGCUCCUCUCCUUCGGAAGACGCUUCUUUCAAGUCCCCCCAGUCGCCUCUCAAGUCCUCCCAGUCGCCUCUCAAGUCCUCCCAGUCGCCUCUCAAGUCCUCCCAGUCGCCUCUCAAGUCCUCCCAGUCGCCUAUUAAAACUGCAGCUCAGGCAAACUUAAAAACCUCCCAGUCGCCAGCUGGGUUUAGAGACUCCACGUCAGCAUCAGAGGAGCACCUACCUUCCCAACCCCUCUGCACGCUGCCAUCCCCACACAAGCCUCUACUCCCGCAGAUUUUGCAAGGACGUCGAGCUGUCAACGUGGAAGUGGGGGAGAAGGAGGAGGAGGAGGAGGAGGAGGAGGAGGAGGAGGAGGAGGAGGAGGACGAGGAGGAGGAGGAGGAGGAGGAAGAGGAGGAGGAAUGGAGGAAGGAGGGGGAGUACGGAGGGGUGACACCCGAUGCUGAACUUGGACAUGCGAGCAAUAAAGAGGAGGAAAGUGAAGGGCGCGUGGAGAAUGGGAGGAGGGUGGAGGGAGAAGAGGUGCUGGGAAAGACUCAGAGACAAGAGGAGGGCAAUGGCUGUACGACGGUUGGGAGGGACGAGGGAGACGAGGAGUUGAGUGGGAAUGGGAGGGACGAAGUGGAGGCAGGUGGACGUAGCAAGAAUGGGGGUGUGUCGGUGGAGGAAGGGGAGGAGGAGACCAUUAGGAACGGUAGGGUAGAGGAAGGGAAUGCGUGUAGCGAGAACGUGGGUGUCUCGAUCGAAGAAGGGGAGGUGGUGGGGGAAGGCACGGAGGGAAGCAGGGAGUGUGAAGCACAUGGUACUGCUGGUGGCGUUUUGACUGUUUUCAACAUGAGUCUUGAGACAAAUGAUGCACAGGGAGUGGAGGAAGGCGAGGUUCAGGUUGACAGCUGUAGCCCAGUGGAUGCUGUGGCUGGGGUGACUAUAGCGGAAGCUGCUGUAGUGAGGGAUGCUGUAGCGCAGGAGACUGUAGCAGGGGAUAUUGUAGGAGGGAUUGCAGUAGCAGGGAAUAAUGAAAGAGCACGCCACCCUGCAGAACCACCUGCUGCUGCCUCUGUUGACCCUUUGCCUGUCUUUCCUGCUGUUGCUGACCCGGUCUGUGCUGCAGCUGCUGCUUCGGUGCUUUCCGAAGCCUUCAACCUUCACCUGGAAGCUCUUGGUCCCGUUGAUGAGUCAGUGCCGGAGUAUUUGGAUCAGCAGGAAAGGCGUGAGAAGAAGCAGGAGGUCGGGCAUGUGGAGAGGCAGGAACAAGUUUUAGGUUGCGACAGGAAUGAGGAAGGUGCUUCCGAGUGGUGCAGUCAAGAGGUGGAUGGUGGUGGGAAUACGGGUAGAGAGAGCCAAGGCACAGAUGAAACAGAAAAGCUCGAUUUGCCUUGA